UUAUCAAAAGUUAAUGCCAAAAUUUACUAGUGAUAAACUUGAAAUUAGGAUUGAUUCAGAAUUAGAAGGUGAACAACAAGUACAUGUUCUUGUUACCUAUGAUGAAACAACUUUUCAAUCAAAUGAUGGACAAAAAUCAGGAAAAACUAUUCAUGUUAGUGAUUUUUUAACUGAUACAAUUGGAAGAUUGAAAUUAGAUGAAAAAGAGAUUGAUGAUACAAUUCCAAAUAAAGCUCAUGUUAUGAUUAAUCCUGGAAAAAAUUUUGAUGGAUGGUGGAAUGUUGAUCAAUUAAUUGACCAG